AUGUCCGAGUUUUUGUUUAGACCUGCUGAAUUGGAGGCUAUGUAUGGUCAAUAUCCUCCAUUAUUGGUCCAGUACCCUGGAACUUCUUUGGCAAACCGAGUUGUCGAUCCGAACUUUGAUUAUCUUGACCCUGUGUGGAUGGCGCAUUGCGACGAAAUUUUGCGUAGAUCCGAAUUAUUUAAUGAACGACUGCGAGAUCGCUACGGUAUAGAGCCAGAUGAUGUGGAUGUCGAAGAAGACGAAGAUAUGAGACCUAGAUUUCUGAGAACCUCCGAUACCUCGGGAAGCGAUGUUGAUGAAGAUGUUGACGAAACAGGGCAACUACGAAAAGGAUUUCGACGCGUCCCUUAUACUCCUUUCCCUGGUAAAGCAGAUCGCACAACUCGUGAUACAGCUAAAAUGAUUAUAAAAACUCUUGCCAAUCCGGUUAGUCAAAGAUUUUUAUAAAU